AUGGUGGAUGUGUCGGCGGAUGUUUUCCGCCCGGCUUCUCUGUUGAUGUGCAAAUCGGGCGUUAUGGUGGAUUACCUACCUGAAGAUACAUUAAAUAGCGUUAUUAUUAACGACGGACCUAUUGACCCUUCAGGCUUCGGUGCCACCUCCCUAAAGGAGUAUUCACACAACUUGGAAGGGCAUAAGAAACACGAGACGAUGGUCGGAGGUAUGUUUACUUGUGGUUACACAGUGAAAAUUUAUAGGCGGAAUGUGCAUCAACCCCCACAUUUCCUCACCACUUGGCAUUACAGAGGUUAG